AUGUGUGUGGCUUUUUACUUUGGAGUGGUAGACGCAGAAUGCGUUGUAGACCCAAUCUCCGGAGAAACAAUUUCGGGAAAAAAUCGAGAUAAGUGUGAUACUGGCAGCGAUUGUUGUUCCACUAUUUGCGAAGUUCCCAAGCUGCUUGAUCUUGAGAAAAAACGAGCUCUCUGGACAGUAAAAGACGUAGGAGUUCUGGAAUCGCCUGUGGUGAAAAUCGGGGUGGACAAAAUUCAAGGAAAAACGCCAUUGGGACAGUUAUUAGUGGAUUUUGCUCAUAAUUCAACUAUACAUGGCUUAAAUCACUUAGCUGUUCCUCGAAGACACAUCUGUGAAAGAUGCUUUUUAGGUGGUACUAUUAUUAUUUCGCUUAUACUUCUAAUCUUACUUUCUUUGCAACCCUGGGAACGGUAUCAGCAUGAUGCAACAGUGAUAUCUCUCGAUAAUAAUUACAGAAAUUUUGAUGUCACAAUACCGUCAUUUACAUUAUGUCCUGUAAAUCCUGUAAAUGAAACCAAAUUCAAAACAGUAUUCAAAAAAUAUUGGUUUGCUAAUAAUUCCAGAAUAAUUCCAGAAGUGAAUCCACCGGAUAGACAAUAUUACAAUUUCCAUAAUAAGAAAUUUAAUAUAGUUUCCGGCCUCCCAAAAAUUGAUACAAAGAUCGAAGUGCAUUAUCCUGAUGAAAUAUUUCUGAAACCUCGAUUAAAUUUGGAAUCUCAAAGGCAAUACAAACUAGACAUUUUUGUUGACGAAUUCAACAGCUCUAGUCAAGUCAGAUUGCUAGUACCUCAGCAAAGACAUUGCAAAUUUUUGAACGAUGGAGGUUUGAAGAUGUGGCCAGUUUAUACUUUAAACAUGUGUAUUUUGGAAUGCAAAUAUAAUCAAAUGUAUAAGGCUUGUGGAUGCCAUCCUCAUUUCGCCAGACCAAUGAAGGGAAUUCCAGUUUGCAAUGCCAGUCAAUUGCGGUGUAUUGGUACUUCCGACCCGCCUGUCUAUUUAAUCAAAAAUGAAUACAAGGAAUGUGGGUGUUUCGUUAACUGCAACUCUGCCUUCUACACGAUAAAUUCAAAUAAGUUCAAAUUGACAAAAGAAUUUGGAAAUAUUUCCGCAGCACAUAUGUUGCUAAAUAUUCCUCUGAGAAAAUUUAUCAGAAACCAAAUAUUCGGAUGGAAUGAUUUUUUAAUUUCAGUCGGCGGAGCCUGCAAUUUACUUCUGGGAGCGAGCCUAAUUUCUGUAGUGGAAGUAAUCUACUAUGCAAGUUUACGUUUAUGCUGCUAUUACCGCUAUUUGAAAGUUCAAAAGAAUCGCAGGAUUACAGUGACGAAUAAUCUUUUUAAGAAGGAAUAAAGAAUUAGGAAAAAUUCAGCACUUUUUU